AUGCCAUCAAAGAUUGAACCUGAUGUAGUUUCAAAUUCAGAUUUCAAGAAACGCAUAAAUCAACUAGUUUGGAAUAUGAAUAUUGAACCAUCAGAAUUUGAGAACAAAUGGGAUUUGAUGUUGCAUGAAUUUCAUUUGAAGGAUAAUAAAUGGUUAGCUGAUAUGUUUAACAAGAGAGACAAAUGGAUUCCCUCCUAUUUCAGAGAUAUACAAAUGUGUGGACUUAUGAAGACUACAUCUCGAUUUGAAAGUUCAAAUUCAUUUUUCAAUGUUUCUUUUGAUGCAAAAGAUGAAACAAUUGAAUGUGAAUGUUUGCAUUUCACAUUUUUUGGAAUCCUUUGUAGUCAUGCUUUUAGAGUUUUUAUAGAUUAUGACAUUAGCAUGAUACCUGAAAAAUACAUCCUGGAUAGAUGGAGAAAGAACAUAUUUGAUAUUGGUUUUCAAAAGAUAAACCGAAAAUGGAGAGUGUGCAGUACAAAAAUUUCAAAUCUCUUGCAGGAUGCUACUUCUUUUUAUGAGAAAUGCAUUGAAUCGGUUAUUCAUGACAAAGAAAAAUUACAAGAAUUGGUGAACUCUCUUCAACAAUUAAGUGAAACUUGUGGAAAGGAUGUUGCUUCUAGAUCAAGUUCAAUUCCAAUAAAAGAUGUUGUUGAAAAUAUCAUUGGAGUUCCAAUUUCAACUGAUGUGAAAAUCAAAAUACCAAGUGGGAUAAAAACAAAACGAAGUGGAAAGAGGAAUCGAAUCAAAAGUGCAGCAGAAAAAGCAAUAGCUAAAUCACUUAAACCAAAACGCACAUGCAAAGGAUGCAAGCAAUUAGUCAACCAUGAUCUAAGAAAUUCCCCAAUAAAUCCUUCAAAUGUUCUUAAGCCUUUCAAAAAACAACAGUAA